CCUUAAUCACUAUCAUCAUCAUGAUGUCGCCUCCUCUAUGUUUGCCCCUUAUAUACACUCCCUCUCCCUCUCCCUCUCCCUCUCACCACUCUUCACCCAUAGCUUAAACGAACAUUUUCACAGCUUAAAACACAAUAUGACUAAAGAUAUUGAGACCACGGCGGAGCAAGGCGGCGGAGCGGAGUUCUCAGCGAAGGACUACCAUGACCCACCACCGGCACCGUUGAUUGACAUGGAAGAACUCACCAAAUGGUCGCUUUAUAGGGCGGCGAUCGCUGAGUUCAUUGCCACCCUUCUUUUCUUGUAUGUCACGGUGUUGACUGUGAUCGGGUAUAAAGUCCAAACCGACCCGGUAAAGAAUACUAAUGACCCGGAUUGUGGUGGUGUUGGUAUACUUGGUAUUGCUUGGGCUUUUGGUGGCAUGAUCUUUAUCCUUGUUUACUGCACUGCUGGUAUCUCUGGAGGACACAUCAACCCGGCGGUGACGUUUGGACUGUUCGUGGGGCGGAAGGUGUCACUGAUCCGAGCCCUGUUGUACAUGGUGGCUCAGUGCUUGGGUGCAAUCUGUGGGUGUGGGUUGGUGAAGGCUUUCCAAAAGACUUACUACAAUAGCUAUGGAGGUGGUGCCAACGAGCUCCAAGAUGGGUUCAACAAGGGCACCGGCUUGGGUGCUGAGAUCAUUGGCACCUUCGUUCUUGUCUACACUGUCUUCUCAGCCACUGAUCCCAAGAGGAGUGCAAGGGAUUCCCAUGUUCCUGUCUUGGCACCACUUCCCAUUGGAUUUGCCGUGUUCAUGGUUCACCUUGCCACAAUCCCUAUCACUGGCACUGGCAUCAACCCAGCAAGGAGCUUUGGAGCUGCUGUGAUUUACAACCAAGAAAAAGCUUGGGAUGAUCAAUGGAUAUUCUGGGUUGGACCCUUCAUUGGUGCUUUCGUUGCAGCCUUUUACCACCAAUACAUCCUAAGAGCAGCAGCAAUUAAAGCCCUUGGAUCUUUCAGGAGCAAUGCUUAAAAACAUUUCACCUUUAUUACAAUAAGAAAACAAUGAUGUAAUAACAAAUGAGGAAUGAGUGCAAGUUUAUGUCUUGUGGGAGGGGUUCCCUUUUGCAGUUUAUUUUCUAUACCAUUGACAAGGGGGGCCAUUGAAAUGUAAAUAAUAAAAGAAAACAAGAAUUAUCGAUAAGGGUGUCUUUUCAAUCCCUGUUUGUUUCUAAA